UGCGUACCGAAAUUCAUCAAGUAUACCCUUGUUUUGCUAUAUCUUAAAUCUGUAGUAACUAAUAUGGCGGAAUAGAUAGAUGUUGACUUUUCAAGAUUCGCAUGUCUUAGAUUCAAAUAUCUCUGUACGACAAAGUUUAACAAGAAAUUGGUUAAAUGUUAUUCAUUCGUGUAAUUUAUGUCAUUUAUUGGCACACGUUGUAAUUACCAUUGAAGUCACGUGUUGUGUACUUAAUUGUAUUGAGUAUUAUUAACAAUAAGUGCGUAUAUUACCUAUUAGAACAGUCUACUUGGCAAAGAACUGUAACUUCGAUUCUUAACGUGAAUGUAUCGCAAACAUUUGAAAAAUCAAAAGGAACAUAUGAUUUUUUGAAUUAUUUUGAUCUUAAAUAAAAAUAAUACGACUUACGUAAUGAGAGUGUUAAUAUCAAUUUUAUAUAUUCCAUCGAAGGGUUAAGAGGUGCGUUUGUUAUUUGAGGUUCAAUACAUUUCAAGAAUAUUAAAUACUAUUAUUGCAUUAAGUACAUAAAUCGAAUGAAAUUAAAUGUACUUAAUAAUGAAAAUUUUGCAGUACUCUGUUAUGUUUCAAUAUGUCUAUUGGACGAAUAUUUUAUUAAAAUUAUUAUUACUAUUAUACAGACAUAAAUAUCUUAAAAUGUAAAACUAAAACAAUAAUAUAAUGUUCUUUGAAAAUUUUUGAAUCGACUUGAUUUUAAUAUAAGUGAGAGACCAAAUUUUUGAAUUGUUUAUUAUAAACUUAUCUUAGUAUGAAACGUUAUGAAAUGUUUAUAUAUUGUUUUCAAUUGAUUUAAUAGUUUAGUUGAUCUUUCAGAAACAUGUGUGAUUUAGCAAAAAAAAUGAAAGAUUCAAGUGUUAAAAACAAUGUGCAAAAUGAAUCAACAGAUCAGUUUUGUCCAACACAAAGUGCUGAUAAAAAGGAACCUGCAUUGAAAAGUACAAACGAAGAUGUUCAACGUGCAAUCGAAGGUUUAAAAGACAUACCAGACGAGGAACUUCAAGAAUUUCUUGACGAUGAAGACUUCAUGGAAGGUUUAGAUGUUGUCGAUGCUUGGGAAGGUGAUGAAGAAAAAGGUCGUGAAAUUGAAUUUAAAACCCAUAUCAAGGAUCAAGAACAGAAGCGUUCUUCUAGGGAAAGAUAUCGGCGUGACUACAAAGGAUCUUACAAUCGUGAAAGGCCAAAGAGAGAAGAAAAAAGACAUGAAGAAAUUCGUCGUGAUCCUUCUAAAAGUACUAAAGAUAUAGAGAAAGAUAAAAUACGUACGAAAAGAGAUAACGAAAGCAAACUUUUAGCUGAAAAGGAAAAGGCUAUUAAACAUUUGUUGGACUCUGAUAAUGUUGUACCUCCAGGUACAGAAACUGAAGCAAUUCAAAGCAUUACAGAGAGACAAAAUAUAGAACAAGCACAGAUCCACAAGAUCCGAGAACGACGUAAAAGUAUAGAACGUCAAAGAGGAAACUCAUUACGCCGUAGAACGCCAGAUAGAAUUAGACUAAAUUCUCCUCGACGAAAAUCUCCUCCAAUAUUAAGUCCAGAACGUUCUAGAAGUGCUUUUAAACUGAGCAAUGAAAGACAUAGGAGUCCAUUACGGUUUAGUCCUGAUAAAAGAAGAAGUCCAAGAUUUAAUUCUGCUCGUAGAAGCCCUUUUGGAUUUAGUCCUGAACGACGAAGAAGUCCAAUUAGACGACUUAGUUGGGAACGAAGAACAAGUGCUGACAGAAGAUGGAGUGCUGAACGAAAUAGAAGACGUAUAAAUAUACAUGAACGCCGAAGAAGUCGAUCUCGUGAUCGACAGCGAAGUCGCAGUACGGAUCGUCUUAGAAGAAAGGUCAGCCGUUCACCAAUUAGUAGACGUUACAGUCCUCGCCGACGAAGUCGAACUCGAAGUAGAUCACUAGAACGUCGAAGAAAACGAUCUCCCUUUAUCAAUGAACUUACAAGACAGCUAAGAAAUGAAGCUAUAAUGACAUCACACAUGAAUACUGGAUAUACACAUCCUUCAUCUAUGGACGGCAUACCACCCCUAAUGAAUAAUGUAUAUCAGCAAGAAACAGAACCUAGAUCAUCAAUACAAAUGCCACCUUACAUGCAUCAAACUGGAUUAGCACCACCAAUGUCAUCAAAUAUAACAACUGGUGGCCCAACAUUCAUGAAUUUUGAAAAUUCAUCUCAGCCAAUGAAUUUUGAUUCUGUUCCAUUACACCAAUUACCUCAAACGGAAUAUGUUUCUGGUCCAGUGAUGUAUAAUCAACCGAAUACCGGUUCAAUUCAAUCAACACAUAGACCAACACUUCUUCCAGCACCAAUUUCAUCGCCACAACAUGACUCUGCUACAUCUACAGUGGAUCAUGUGCAAACAUAUAAUUCAUCACAUGGCAUUCCUUCCACUCAUCAAUCUCCAAUUCAAAAUUUUGAAUUUUUAAAUAAAUCUAAAGAUACAAUCUCUCAAAACUACAGGGAACGUGGAUUUACAGAUUCUUAUAAUGGAUAUCAUACUUCGCAAGAAGAACGAUUGAAGACCCCUGAACCACCAGUCAUCUCAGAUACAAAAGAUUCAAACCAGAAUUAUUACGUCGCUGUGAACAUGCUUUGCAUGAACUUCCUAUAGAAGAUCUUCGUUUAAAGAUGAAGGGGCGAUUUUUCUAUGAUCCAAAAAAGGAGAAUACACAAAGUGAACAAAACGUAUAUUCAUCGAAUUCAAUUCUUUUACAAAAAAGCAAAAACAAAAUACAGUGGGAGGAAGAAGAACAUCUAAUUUCCAUAAAACAAAAUAUACAAAUGCAUCAAAAAAUUUGUCAAACUGAUGAAGUGGAAACAAAUACAAAAUUUGUUCAAGCUAGUGCUACUAUGGUAGAUUUUGAAGUACAAGUAUAUCCUCAAGACUUACAAUAUGCUGCUAAAGAAGAAAAAAGACCUAUCAUGGAUCGUCUAGAUUGGAAUGUGCGUGAAACAUUUGAUUGUACAUCUAAAUUUCGAGAAGCUGACGAUUUAAGAUGGAGUUUAAGUAAUUCUUCUCAAAAAAGAACUUGGAAUCGAACGGUAUCCCCUUCUAGAAGGAUUGAUGAUCGUAAACAUCAUAUAGAUUCUGUAUCUCCUGUAGAUCAUGGUUCAAGAAAUGUGAAAUUAGGAUCUCCAAUAAGGAACAGAGAUAAUUUUUCCAGUCAUAAAGGAUCUAUUCGAGAACAUUAUGUUCGUGAAAGAUAUUCACCUAAUUAUAGGCAUUCUUUAGAAGAACGUGGUGAAUUUCAUGAAAACAGAAGUGAUCAUAGUCGUGGUGAAAGUCCUAUGAUGCUAGAAGAUUCUGGAGAAGAAUUAGAAUUGGAACAUACAUUCCAAAGAGGAACAGAUUGGCAUGGAAGAGGAAAACAACCAAGAGGCAGGUCGAGUUCACUAAUGAAACAUGUGUUCAGAGGAAAAUAUUCAGGUGGAAGACCUUAUCGUGGCCGUGGAAAUUUUCAUGGGAAAUUCUAAAACUAUUUGUGUAAAGCACAAACUUUAAAUAUAGAAUUAUGUAAUCAAAUAUAUCAAUAUAUCAAAAAAAGUUAUCUAUUCAUGCAAAAAUUUCGAAAGAAUGAUGUGAAUUUAUCGUUUUAUUUAAAAUAUGCAUCUUUGUAUGUUGAAAUUAUCUCAGAAAUUAUUAUUAAAAUAUAUUUUAAAUACACAUUGGAUUUAAAACAUUAUAUUAUAAAUACAAAUAUUCUUUGCACAGAUAUUAUCUACUAAUAUUACAUUUGAGAUGAAAAUUAUAAAAUCAUUUGUAUGUAAUGUUUGUUGAAUAAACAUUUUAUGGGACAAUACAAACAGUGCGGAAGAAACCACUGUUUAUAUUAUUACUGAAUUACAAAUCAAAUUGUGUAAAUAUGUGAUAAUUAUAAAUUUUAUACAUUAUACUAUUCAUGAUUUAUUAUCUUGUUCUGUUUAUUAUUAAUAAUUUUUAUAAACUGAAAUAUUCCAUUUUAACCGGUACUGAAGAUUAAAAUAAUGUUUUACAUACUAUUAUUUUUGAAGAUAUAAAAUAAAAUAUUGUUUUCAAUUUAAAAUCAAGCUUAAAUUAUAUACUCAAUUAAGUAACUACAUAAUAUUAAAACAUUUUCUGAAUUAUAAAGUUUUAUUUUAAAUUAUAACAUAAUGUAAUACACCAAAUGAGAAACUUAAAAUUAUUUUUCAUUUUUUAUAUAUGACAUGUAACUUUCAAGAAACAAUAUGAAAUUAUAUAAUAGUUUCUUUCAUUUAAAAGUACCACCAACUUGGAAACUAUUAUUUUAGAAAAAAUGUUUCCUGAAAUUACAUUUUUUUAGAACAUAAAAAAUGACAUGAUGUGAUUAAAAACGUAGAAAUACUUUUAGGUUAAAAUAUCCUACAAAUGUUUCAGAAUGUAUAUAGUGCAAUAUUAAUUUAAUAAUAACAAUUUUUUAUAGAAAAAGACACUUAUAAUUUCUUCAAGAAAGAAAUGGAAUAAUAUAUUUAUUUUUAUUUUAUUUACACUUUAAUUAAAGCAAUACAAUAUGCACAUUGUAU